ACCUAAAUCUAACAAUAAACAGAGAGAAUGUGUACCUUCACCGCGCGCAUCACAUCUGAACAUCAAUAGGAGCUAGGCGCAGGCCGGCCAUAUUAUGACCUGAACAACGCUGUGUAUAAUUGUACUGGCUGAUCUGCAUCAUGUGUGAUGAUGAGCAAGUAUCUACCAGAAUGGCAGAAAUACAACAGUUCCGUUACGAAGGUAUCGAACUAUUCAAAUCUGAGAACCUUGGAGCAGGAUCAUAUGGUGUCGUCUGCAAGGCCAAGUGUGACAACCUUCUCUGUGCCGCAAAAAUCAUCUACCCAAUUUUGUUCGAAGCACAAGACAGCUCAAUGUCGGUUUUAGCUAGCAGCCACCUCUCACCCAUUCAGAGAUUCGAGCAAGAGUGUCAAGUUUUGAGUCAAAUUCACCAUCCACACAUUGUGCAGUAUUUGCAAACGUAUCGUGAUCCCGAAACAGGAUCUUCGAUACUCCUAAUGGAGCUGAUGGACAUCAAUCUCGCACACUUUCUACAGUCAUACCAAUCUCCAGUACCACUUCAUGUUCGUGUGAUGCUUUGCCAUGGUAUCGUUCUGGCCCUUCGCUUUCUUCAUUCCAACGGAAUUAUCCACCGUGAUCUUUCUAGCAACAAUAUUCUAAUCAACGACAGAAUUCGAGCCAAAGUUACAGAUUUUGGAAUGUCCAUGUUCACCAACUCUAGUGGUUCACGGACGCUCUGCCCUGGGACGAUAUCAUUCAUGCCCCCUGAGGCUCUCAAUGAUCCACCAGUCCACAGUGAAAAGCUGGAUUGCUUUUCAUUUGGUGUAAUAGUUGUCCAGAUAUGCACAAGGCUUUGGCCUGAUCCCAAGCCUCGUUUCAAAACUUACAUUGUUCCUGACCCUCGCGAUCCAUCAAAAACGUCCGAGGCUCAAUUUUCCAUCCUCGAAGCGGAACGAAGGCAAUCCCACCUGAAAAUGAUUCAAUCCACAGAUCUUCUACGUCCGUUUGCCCUCAAUUGUCUGAAAGACAACCCUGAAGACCGCCCAUCGGCUCGAGAGCUCUGCACCAGUUUUGAAUCCCUGAAAGAGAGGGAAGAAUUUGCUGAGAGUAUGGCCAUUGAUUCAAACAGGGCACGCACUUUUGAUGAUCAACUGUCACGGUUGGAGGCACAGUACACAAAACAGCGCAGUCUACUCGAGAGUGAGCUGCAGAGGCUCCGAGAAACUGUGGAUGAAGCACACAAAGAAAUAGGAGAGAGAAAUGAAAUGCUUGAUAUUCGUGCCCGACAACUGCAAAAAGUGAGCUUGAGUUUGGCAGACAAAGAACGAGAGAAUGAUCGUCUCAAAUCCAGCAUUGUGAGACAGGGAGACUCAAAGAUGAUGCAGAGUGAUAUCAUUGAAUCUUUGGAAAAAGAGCUUGAAGUGAAAGAGAGAGAAAUUGUGCGUUUGCAACAACAAAUGGAAGUCCAGAAUCAAACGAUCAGAGACCAGCAGUACCUCUCAAAAAAUGACGACUACCAGUUUCGAAACAUGCAAUUUGAUUUAUAUUCGAAGGUCGAACAUAUACGCCAAUUGCAGCGUCGACUUGAGCAAGCGGAGUCGAGUGUCUCCGUGAAAGAUGGUAUCGUUCAGAACAAGAAAAGUGAAGUACGACAUCUCGAAGGCCUUCUAACCUCCAAAAUCAAAUCAUUUCAAGAUGCACUCAGAUACAGAGACAAGAGGAUCCAAGAUUUGGAGGAGUACCUUGCCACCAAUGAAGAACAUCUUGCCGCCCUCCAGAAAGAGAUUCAGAAGCUCAACAAGAUUGAUCCGAAAGAAAAGAAGAAAUUUAAACCGAAACCUGUUCCACGUUUUAAGAAAGAUGGCACAGUCCAUAUCUACAAGAAUGACUAUCCAGCUCCGAUAAAGAUGCACGCUGGCUCUACUGCCUCUGUGGGCUCUUGUGCCUACUUCCGACCCUACAAUAGCAAAGAGAUAUGCAAGUUCGAUUUUGACGCUAAUCGUUGGUCUAUUUUGCCUGAGUAUGUGGAAAGUGCCUUCACACUAACGGCUGUUCAGGACGUCCUCACUUGCAUUGGCGGACAGGGCUCCAAAAGGGUUCGAAGUCUGAUUGAUACGAAUGGUCUGGAAAGUUGGUUUGAAUCGUACCCACAAAUGCUUGAAGAGCGUUCAAAUUCUUGUGCUGUGAGCACACCGAAUGUGCUCAUUGUUGCUGGUGGUUUGAAAUCUGACUACAGCACUAUCGCUUCGGUUGAGGUCUUACGAUUCCACAGUCGCUCGUGGAGCUCAGUCGCCUCUCUUCCUUACCCUCUGCAUGGAUCGUGUGCCACUGUGUGUGGUGAGCGUGUCUACCUAGGCGGAGGGUACUUCAUGAAGUCCAAGAGUCUUUUCUCCACUCUUACAUGUUCUCUCUCGGCACUCUUAUCGCCUACCCCGUUAGCCACCAGUAGCAAAGCAGCAUCUUUUCCCCGUGACCUCGAUAAGAAGACAUGGCACCACACUCACGAUCUGCCUGUUUGCCGAGCCUCCUUCACUUCGUUUCGUGGAGAGCUGUUUGCGGUUGGGGGCAAAAAAAGCGACUCAUCAUUCUCAAAUGUUAUUUUCAAGUACAGCAUUCUCAACAAUAUCUGGGAAGAAGUGUCACACAUGGAUGCGGGUCGAUCAAACUGCCUAGUCAGCAAUUUGCGCAAUAAGAUUAUUGUAGUAGGUGGACUUUGUGAAGAAGGCAUUUCAAGUGAUAUUGAAUUUGUGACUUUUUAAAGUAUUUGUGACAUUGAUUAGUUAGUGUUUAGCUAUAAUCAUAUAAUUGCUCAUUGUUCAUUUAUAGAACUUUCAAUCAAUCAAUUUUCAAUGUUAUUUUUGCUGUGUGUAUGUUUCAAUUCAUACAUAAUUUUAUUUUAUCAACUGUGA